AUGUUCCCCAGCGCAACGUCGAAUGUGUGGAACGCGGGCGUCGAAGUGCCUGGCCAGAUGCGUAUGAACACCAUCGCUCCGGUCAACCGUCUUCCUCCAGAAAUACUCUCUGUCAUCUUCGACAUAUCCUCCAUUCAGCCACUCGUGCACGAGCUCCCGCGUAAGGAGGAAUGGGCCACAGCGUAUCAUUCCGCGAGGGUCCUGCAAACUCAAAUCAUGGCAGUAUGUCGACUAUGGCGAGACACCGCGCUCUCUACCAGCAGUCUCUGGUCCGACAUAGCUUCUCUAACCACGGAAGGGUGUCCCACAUCUAUCCAACUAUCCCGUGCGCAAGGCACUACGCUCUGCCUCUACAGCGGUGCAGGACAUCGAGCCAAGGAGAUACUUCCUGUGCUCGCAAGUCAUACGCACCGCAUCCGGGUUCUCUGGAUCUGCGACGCGUGUGGUUCGUGGAUACCCACAGAGGACAUCCGGGAUGUAUUUCUCUCCUUUCCCGAGCUGGCGCAUUGCAUCGAGGAGAUUACGGUGCAUGCGAAUAGCCCACCUACCUGGCCACUGGCAAAGACGCCCUCACCACCUCCCCGUACCCUGUUUUCCGGCUUCGCUCCACAACUGCGCGUGCUCAGGCUGACGUUGUCUUGUCUGCCCUUUAUACCCGAGGACACGCUCCCCAAUCUCACGGAACUCUAUCUCGACAACGACUGUUAUGUCACCCACUCCUCCCUACUUUUGAUCUUGGAACGUGCGCCGAUGCUGGAACAAGUAUAUCUUGCCACACCCAUCCCUUGGUCCUCCACCAGUCCACCCCUUACAGGUCGUAUCGUCCCUAUGCCUAAGCUGCGCAGAAUCACACUCGACGUCCAAGCGGAUCCAUCUCCCCUGCUCCGUGCCCUCGCCCUCCCUCCCUCUUGUCUGGUCAAACUCACACUCAGCGGAGCGAGCGACGUGCCAGGCUGCCUCGCAGCCCUCGAAGGCCAGCUGGACUGCAGCCAGCUGACGAGGCUAUCCCUCAACGUCGACUGGCACCCAGAGCGGGAGAGCGGCGACGUGGUCCUAAUCACCACCGUCUGCAACGCUUCCGCCACCCAGGGCCUCGCGCUCAGUGUCCAGUGCGACGGCCGCGGCGGCUCGAGCUCCAUCCCCGUUCUCCGAGAGACCCUGACCACCGCGUUCCGCACGUCUCCGAUAUACGCAGACGUCCGAGAACUGACCGUCUUCGUCAACCAACGCAUCGUCGACGCGGCGUUCCUCGACAGCCUUCCCCGCCUCACCACGCUCAACCACAUCUUCUGCCGCCCGCCGCCCACGUACUACGAGAUGCUCGAGGGCAACUACAUCUCCCGCCUGAUGCAGGUAUCCCCGGACGGCCGCGUGACGUGCCCGAGCCUGACCACGCUGUACUUCAUCGACUGCCCCUUCGACGCGCUCGCCGACGCGCGCGCGAUCCUCGAGUUCCGCAAGCAGCACGGACGCCCGCUCACCCGGCUGGGCAUCGACUGCAGCGUCGCGCUCAAGCAUGAUGUACGCGCGCUGGGGAAGCGCGUGAAGGAGCUCGACGUCAAUUUCUGCGACGUGCCCGGAUACGAAGGGGGGCUGGACGUCGCGCCGGAGGGAGGCUGGCGCGGGCACUCCGCGCGAGCGCGUCGUCACUGGCCCCCCUAG